CUGAAUUCUCCGAGGAGGCACAGGGAGUGUCAUGUGGAGAAAUGGAGGGUUUCUGAAUCCUGCUGUCUGGGUUGCCCCAGAGAGCGAAGAUGAAUGCUUCAUUGGAAGAGGAGGAUGGCUGCACGCACUGAACUGUCUGGCAUGGAUCUUUAUGAGGAUUACAAAUCACCCUUCGAUUUCAAUGCUGGAGUGAACAGAAAUUAUCUUUACUUGUCUCCUGGCAUAAACCUUUCUCCACCUGGAUCACCUACACUGGCAAAGUCUGGCCUGCUGAGGAGUGACUCUAUACCUGAGGUUGGAGAGGAUGCUGCUGCUACAGUCAGUAUGGCAGAAACACUCUCAGAAGAAGAACGAGAUGAGCUAAGAAAAGAGCUUGCCAAGGUGGAAGAGGAAAUCCAGACACUCUCACAAGUGCUAGCUGCCAAAGAGAAGCAUCUAGCGGAAAUCAAGAGAAAGCUGGGAAUUAACUCACUACAGGAACUAAAGCAGAACAUUACCAAAAGCUGGCAAGAUGUUACAUCAACCACAGCAUACAAGAGAACAUCAGAAACCCUGUCUCAGGCUGGUCAGAAGGCUUCUGCUGCUUUUUCUUCUGUUGGUUCAGUCAUAACCAAGAAAUUUGAAGAUGUCAGAAAUUCUCCUACUUUCAAAUCCUUUGAGGAAAAAGUUGAAAACUUCAAGUCUAAAGUUGGAGGAAGCAAACCUGCUGGAGGAGACUUUGGAGAAGUUCUCAACUCUGCUGCCAAUGCCAGUGCCACAGAAACUAUUGCAGAACAGACAGAGGAUGAGACCCACUGAGAUUUCUGCCUCUGUCCUGCUACCCACUGCCAGAUGCUGCAAGGAAAAACCAAGCACACUUGUAACAUUCUCUGCGCUCUUUCCACCAGAUGUGCUUUUAUUUAGCACGUAGUUAUUUCACCCGAUUAACUGAUACCAAGCUUGUUUGUGGGUUCAAAAUAUUUUUGAAACUAAAAUACAUUGAUUGGGGUUUUGUGUGGGAAGGGGAAUUUCUAUGCCUUUCAAGCAUUUAAAGGACUUACCUGUAAUUUGAAGACAACCUUGAAAAUAUAGCAAUGAAAAAAAACUCUUUUGAGAAGUUAAUUAUAUUGUACAGAUACUGUGGAUACGUAUUUUCUUUUCAAUCUGUAAUUACUGCUCAACUUAAUCCUUAUGAAUCUACUGCUGCUGCCAAACUGAAGCUUGUUACUUUGCUCCCUUGUGAUUGUUUCAGUUGAGUGUUGCCUGCAAGGGAGACUGGACUAGGACACUGGACAAGGAGGAAAGAUCACUCCCAGCUAAAGAAAGGACUUCAGUUUCAGCAGGCUUUACACAAGUUAUAGCAGGAUCACACACGAGUAGGAAUGUACUGUCUUUUGAACGUGUUCCUCAUCCAGCAGGUGUGGAUAGGUGAUAGAACAUGUAAAACUUACCCAUCUGUCCGUGCAUUGUCCACCUCAGAAACUUCUGACCAAGGCAGAUGGAAGCAGGAUGCCUCAUAGUGCUGGUUUGGUUCAGUCACCAUAGCAUUUUCAGUCUUGUUUUUUGUACAGGAUGUCACUGUGGUAAAAUAACACUCUUCUGAACAUUGGACCAGUCACAAAUAGAUUCAUUCACACGUGGUGGUGUCAUAUUCACACUAACAAAGCAUGGAAUAGAAGAAUAAGCCUGACCCCAGAAGUGGUUCUUUUGUAGUCAUCAAGAGAAUUUCUCCUAUAGCCUAAUGCUGUUUCUCUUGUAGGCUGAGCCCUGAAAACAUCUGCUACACCAUCUUUCUCUUUUUUAAUGUAUUUAAGCCAGCACCCCUGUUCCCAGCUCCAGAAGUCUGUUUUGAGAGGUGCACAGUGUCAUCGCUCAGCAUAGCUCUCCUAAAAGAUGUGUCCUCCUACAUCUUGUUUUGUCUGCUGUACUCCUCAAAGUUCUUGUGUUUUAUGUGUUUCUGCCACAUGGUUAGAACAUUUUAUCACCCUGCUUAGAACUGGAAACAAGUUUUGCUGCAUUUGUGUGAAAUCCAUGAAACUUCAACUGCCACAGGUGUCUGGAGGAAAAAAAGUUGGCUCUGGACAACCUUGCUAGCAUGUCAGAUGUAGAAUGUGUGCUUAAUUACAAUGUGAGAAGCUUAAUAAAAGUGUAUCUGAGGAA